UCCUUGUUCCUGAUUCGAUGAUUUCCACUCUCCUUUAAGCUCUUUCUCUCUCUCUUUCUCCUAUAUAUAUACAUCUUUGAAUCUCUCACUGACGGCGCUGCAAAUCCCUAGAUUGAUUUCACAAAACCUAAAAGAAGAAGAAGAAGAGAAUUGGUCAACCAGUAUUUUCCUUUCGUUGAAAUAGAUUUGAUUGCGAUUUGAUAAUCAUUUGAUGCCGUGAAAUUCUGAUUUUAAAAAAUUCAGCACAAGGAUGUUGAGCUGCUACCUUAAUACGUUGGUGGAGGUUGACAAUUAAUUAACUUUGUGGUUGAGAGAGCAAGUGUUCGAACAAAGCUGCUACCUUUGGUUUUGGAACUUUUAAUUUGAGAAAUGGAUCGGUGUGAUACUUCAGGAUUUGUAAGCGGAGGUGAAGACUGAAGAUGCUUAUAAGGUUUUCUAACUCUUAGUUCUACUGCUGCUGUGGCCUAGUCUCCCUCGUUUGCUUUGGCUCUUUCUCUUUACAAAGUUUUCACAUUUCUCUAGUUGUGACCAUGGAUGCCAGAUUCCACAACACUGGUUUUGCUGCUAACUCCUCACCCAAUGUAUUUAACAUCUUGGGCCGUUCCCUUCACGUCCAAGAAGUAGAAGAAGCCGCGGAUACUACUCUGCGUCUUGAUUCCCUUGCCUCUAAUACCAAGGGUAUCAAAAGGAAAUGGAAUCUGAUCGAUGGAUCAAAGGGUCAGGAAGCCGAUUCUUUACUCUCCUUGAGGCUUGGUCACUCUUCAAGCUCUUCUGAUAGCAAAGGGAGCUCGCCAACUGAUUCCAUGACUUUAUCUUCUCCCAAAGAAAUCGAGGAGGCCUCCUCCUCCAUGAAUCUUGACCUUGACUUUACCCUCCAUCUUGGCAACGAUAAACCAGCUAAUCUGAAAAUGAAAGGGUUGCAAGUUCCCUCCCCAAUAUUUGAUCUGGAGUUGAGUCUCUCUGGGGGAGGAGGAGGGUCUUGUCAAUCUGAGAUCACUGCGGUCCAGCAGCAGCAGGGGAACCAAUUUCCAACUCUUGCGGACAUGUUACGUGCAACUAAUGAAGGAUCCACGUCACGUGGUGGAUGGAGACCAGGGUUUGCAUCAUCACCUGCAUUGCAAGCUUUAUCAAGCAAAGAAACAAGCUCCUUCCUAGCUCAUGCUCCUAAGAAGAUUAUCAUUCCUGCUGCGGACCUGUCAUCUAGCUCGGCAACAACAACAACAACAACACCAAUAAGCUCGGGUACAUUUACUUCCGAUUUAUCUCAGCAGCUGAAGCCACAGCAUAAGAGUUCUUCUAGUUCCAAGUUGUGUCAAGUAGAAGGUUGUCAAAAGGGGGCAAGAGGCGCGUCUGGCCGUUGCAUUUCCCACGGUGGUGGACGUAGAUGCCAGAGACAUGGUUGCGACAAGGGCGCUGAAGGUCGAACUGUCUACUGUAAAGCCCAUGGAGGUGGCCGGAGAUGCGAGUUUCUAGGAUGUACCAAAAGCGCUGAAGGCCGGACCGACUUUUGUAUAGCUCAUGGAGGUGGGCGAAGAUGCAGCCAUGAAGAUUGCACACGAGCUGCUAGAGGAAGGUCAGGGCUCUGUAUCAGGCACGGUGGAGGAAAGAGAUGCCAAAGAGAGGACUGCACGAAGAGUGCUGAAGGGCUGUCGGGACUCUGCAUCUCUCACGGAGGUGGACGUCGAUGCCAGUCUAACGGAUGCACGAAAGGAGCGCAAGGGAGCACUAUGUUCUGCAAAGCACACGGUGGUGGGAAACGGUGCACGCACCCGGGUUGCACCAAAGGCGCGGAGGGAAGCACGCCGUUUUGUAAAGGACAUGGUGGAGGUAAGAGAUGUGCAUUUCAAGAGGGUGAUCCUUGCUCCAAGAGUGUUCAUGGAGGUACUAAUUUCUGUGUGGCUCAUGGCGGCGGUAAGAGAUGUGCGGUUCCUGAAUGCACUAAGAGCGCUAGAGGAAGGACUGAUUUUUGCGUCAGGCACGGUGGAGGAAAGAGGUGCAAGUCUGAAGGAUGUGGGAAAAGCGCGCAGGGCAGUACUGACUUUUGCAAGGCGCAUGGAGGAGGGAAGCGUUGUGCGUGGGGUCAUCCCGAGACGGAGUAUGCGGGUCAAUCUUCUUCUGGUCCUUGUACCUCGUUUGCUAGAGGUAAGACUGGUCUUUGUGCACUCCAUAACAGUUUGGUUCAGGAUAACCGGGUCUACGGAGGAAUGACUGUAGCUUCAGAGAGCCAAGAACCAAGAGUAAGCAGCAGCGAAACAGAUAACGAGGAAGAGUUUAGUGGUUCUCAAGACAUGAACAUGGAUAGGAUGAAAGCGAGAAGUGCUGAUGGAUCUCCAGAGACUGAUAUUGAUCUCAACGAGUAUGAAGCAGGACUGGGUUUGGCUCCAGAGGGAAGAGUCCAUGGUGGAAGUUUGAUAAUGGCGAUGUUGGCUGGUAGAGAGGGUGGCUCUGGCUCUGGCUCAAGCAACCUGUCUAAGAGGUGGAUGUAAGUUAACAAUGUCUUCAGUUUACUUCUCAGUCUUUUAAUUCUGUACGCGUGGAGUAUGUUCGCGCACGUGAGAGUGAAGGUGUUCCGAGUCUUGUGUUUGGUCUAGUUUAGGUUUGUGUUAAGAGAGUAAGAAAGGAUCUAAGUCCAUGUCUUACUUUCCUGUAGAUAUUGAAUUAAGGUUAUUGUGAAUUGUCAAAACAUUUCCUCUUCUGAUGAUGAUGAUAAGAAUAAAACUGAUGUCUUUGUUUGCAAA